CAAAGACGCGCUCAAGAAUACUUAGUCUCGCUAUUUACGGGUAAAUGCUGUGAAUGGGCGAUGCAUGUCGUCUUUUCCCACCAGAAGAGGGCAAUCCGAUGCAUAGCACUUGCAAAAGAAGCACUUGCAAUGACUGCGCCAGUGUUGAGUGCAAUCACACUCGCACACUCCUCUUAAAACCUUCUUCUGUUUUUGACAGAUAUUCGGCGAAAGAAAAGCGCCCUGAAUGUGGCUUACAGCACCAGCUCUGAGCUCCUGUGAGAUCAGCAGAUAUCUGGAAUACAUCACUCAUCCUGCGCACAGCUCUGUUUUUUACAGGACAUAAGAAAGAUGUUUGCAUUCCUCGCUUGGCUUUCUUCAUAGCUGCGCACCUUGGCGGGCAUCCGAUGGUGCGCUUUUGCGCCAAUCUCUCCAAACUUUCUAACCAAAGUGGAGGAUAUUUUGAGGCGAAGGAUAUAGCUGAUACACACGCAUACUCUCUGGAAAUGUUCUGUUAAGGACCUUCUCGUUAAGUAAACCCUUAAUGUUUGUCUUUUACGCUGGAAAGAGCGCUUAGGAAUUCUCCGUUGUUCACAUGGGAUUGAAAUAACGCUGCCGUUGCCGGAGUUUUCCGAACCUUGCCAACAUCUCGGGCACUGCAUCUUUGGGCAGGUGCUCCUUUCUGAGUGUGUUUGAAGACGGUGCCAUGCGGAAUCUGGAACCGCACAUCGAAAGGCUGUAAAACCUGCUGGAAACGCGACAUUUACGCAGAGAUGGGAUCCCUGGUGAGAUCCCGUUGGCUGAUGAUCCCCCUGCUCGUACAGGCCUGGCUUUUGGCUUCCCAAGGCAGAGUCCGAGAGAAACCAUGUCCCCGAAGCUGCCGCUGUGAUGGCAAAAUAGUGUAUUGCGAGUCAAAUGCCUUCCGUGAUGUGCCAAAGAAUGUUUCCGUGGGAUGCCAGGGCCUCUCUCUGCGGUACAACAGCUUGGUGAACCUCAGGGCUGGUCAAUUUGCCAGCCUCAGCCAGUUAGUCUGGCUGUACCUGGACCACAACUACAUCAAUGCAGUGGACAAACAAGCCUUUCAGGGUGUCCGAAGACUAAAGGAGUUGAUCCUCAGUUCCAACAAGAUCACACAUUUGGAAAACAGCACGUUCCAUUCGAUCCCCAACCUACGCAAUCUGGACCUGUCCUACAACAAACUUCAUGUCCUGCAGCCGAAUCAGUUCCAGGGCUUGCGCAAACUGUUGAGUCUCCACAUCAGAUCGAAUUCCCUCAAGACGGUUCCCAUGCGAGUGUUCCAGGAUUGUCGAAACCUAGAGUUCCUUGAUUUGGGCUACAAUCGACUGCGAAGUCUUACCCGGAAUGCAUUUGCGGGACUUCUUAAACUGACUGAGUUACACUUGGAGCACAACCAGUUCUCAAAGAUCAAUUUCUCUCAUUUCCCAAGGCUGAACAACCUCCGUGCUUUGUAUCUACAGUGGAAUCGGAUAAAGUCGAUAACCCAGGGAAUUACAUGGACCUGGACCUCUUUGCAAAAGCUGGAUCUUUCUGGAAAUGACCUGCAGGUGUUGGAUUCAAGCAUCUUCCAGUGUCUCCCUAACUUGCAGACUCUUAAUCUGGACUCCAAUAAACUAAGCAACGUGUCUCAAGAGGCCAUAUCAGCUUGGAUCUCUCUUACUACCAUCAGUCUUGCUGGUAACAUUUGGGAAUGCAGCCCCAGCUUAUGCCCCCUUGUAGCUUGGCUGAGGAACUUCAAGGGGAACAAGGAGACCACCAUGAUUUGUGCUGGACCAAAGGAGGUGCAGGGUGAGAAAGUCAUUGAGGCUGUUGACACACAUGGAAUCUGUAAGAUGACGCCCACUUCUUACCAGCCGAUCUCAUCCACCGUAAGCUCCCCAUCCAAACCUGGACGUUUCCCCCUGCCCACCAUGUUCAGGGUAAAUGAGAAAAAUAACAACGCUGUUGCGCCUUCCCCGACGGCUGCGUCCCCACCUGUCCCUGAGCAGGACUUUGAGCAUGUUUCGUUCCACAAGAUAAUUGCCGGCAGUGUCGCCCUCUUCCUGUCCGUGGCCAUGAUCUUGCUAGUGAUCUACGUCUCUUGGAAGCAUUAUCCCAGCAGCAUGAAGCAACUGCAGCAGCAUUCCAUGGUAAGAAAACGCCGGAAAAAGGCACGGGAGACAGAGCGCACCAUCAGCUCCCCGCUUCAGGAAUAUUAUGUGGACUACAAACCCACAAACUCUGAGACCAUGGACGUACUGGUCAAUGGGACAGGACCCUGUACCUACACCAUCUCCGGCUCCCGAGAAUGUGAGGCCCCUCAACAGAUGGGCACAUUGGCAUUCUACAGGUACGACCAGCCCAUCGUGGACUACUGCCAGGCUCACCAGCCCCUGCACAUAAACAGGGGCUUUGAGCCCCCGUCCCAGGCCCUGGAGGGGCUGGGGGCACGAGAACGCUGCGUCGUCCCAUCCGCUGGCCUCCUUCCUUCCGUGCCUGCAGCCCCUCUGUCAGACAUCCGCACCCUACCGCAGUGAGCCGGAGAUGGACUCGUCCCUUUCGCUUGCUCUCCUCCACGAACGUCCCCGGGGGCGUACUCUCUACCCCCAACAUGAACCCUUCGCCAGACUGAAUCACAGAUAUAUGGGACAGCGUGAUAGACUACAGACUCUCAGGAGAGGACUCUGUCUUUGUCGUGAAGUGGGUUAAACAAUCUCGGGUUUGUCAUUUGCAAGAAUCAUCAUUGUAGUGUACGAUCGAUGUGUUUGGAAUAAUCAAACAGGGGUGCGUUUCCCAAAACCAUAGUUGCUAACCUGUUAGCAACUUAGUUGGUUGGCAAUGGGAAAUUGCAUUGGGAAAUUGCUUUUGGGAAACGCACCCCAGGAUGAUUCGGGGGGCAAAAAAAGGCAUUUUAUUCUGGUAUUUCUUGCUUUUUGUGAGGUCAACCCUCUACAUUUUUCAAAAGCAUCAUGCUACCAUUUCAAAUGGGAAAUAAACAUCAAGUUUUAUUGACUCAACAGCACGCAAGAUCGGUGUUCUCCCGUAACCAGAAGUAAUUAAAUGUAAACCAGCGCCCCUUAAAUGAAUCUGAGGAAUUUCUGAGCAUAAAAAUCUCUUCCAUCUCUUUCUAAUAAGGCCUUUUAGAAUGACUCCUGCCCUGUGAAGUCAGCGAUAAUUGCUUUAUAUGAAAUUGCCCAAAUUUAAUUUCUCAAGGUGAGCUGGCGAAUUUGAAUUGUAAAUGAUAAUAUGACCCUCACUUGACAGCUUCUCUAUUGUGAAUCUUGAUUGUUCUGUAUUACGAUGAAAGAACCCAUCAUGCCAUGCCGGUUUUACUCUGAAAAUCACUGACAGCUGUGACAUCAUUUAUCAGUGCUGUUUUACACCGACCGUGGAAAAUGUCUGACAUAAUUUAGAGUUUCCUUUCAGUUUUCGGAUGUGACCACUGGGUCAGUCUUUGUUAGUCUUUGUUGAACUGUUAAAAAUACAUAUAAAAAAAAUGUGGAAAUUUAACAAAGUACUUCUGUAAAAUGGUCUUGAAAACUUUCAGGUCGAUAUCAGACACUUAAACUUAAUUAUAACGUGAUUAUUGCAAGAUUAUGCUGAGAAACUGUAUGUGAGGAGAUUUUUUUUUAUUUUAUUUUCUUUUAAACUGUCGAUAUUACACUGUUUUUGUGAUUCAAUCAAGCAGGAUGUUGUUUUCCCUCCAAAAUGAUGUCACUUCCUGGAGGAUGAUGACAAGAACUUUACACACAAUUAACAGGACAGAAAGCAAGGACACAAUUAAAAUAUUUCGAGGACAUGAAAAUGUCCAGCAUAGCAGGAAUGACCCACAUUCUUUCUUGAGCCUAUUGGCCGUAUCCUAUAUUAGGGUCACUAUAUGCCUUCUUUUUUUAUUUCUAAAUUGCCUUAAAUGUCCAGGUUUAGCUUUGUUUUUGUUUUCAUACUUGCUGAAGGUAAUGAGCGGUUUGACCAAUAGUGUGCAGGUAUUGUACAUAAUCGACCAAUCGUGGCGUGUGAGAGGCGGGAUCUAGAGAAUGGUCAAAGCACUGCAAAUACGCAUCCAUAUAAUGUAUGAAGACUGUAGAGAGCAUGUCAACAUGAAAACAAAGCCCAAACCAGCACAUUUUAGGCAAUUUAGAAAUCCUGGAUGGAAAAGGAGGACAUAUGGUCACCCUACCUUUUUAUACCCAUUAAGAAAGUGGAUGUAUGUUGUGGUGUACUACGUUAGUACCAUAAACUGUACUAUCAUCAUCAUCUUGCACCUCUGUCGCGGUAUCAUCAUCUAUUGGACAUUGUGCCGUAUUUCGGGGAUUCUCAGAUGCUCCAUUAUAUGACAUGGAAAUGGAUUCCUUUUCUGUUUUGCCACAACUCACAUUCCAGCUGGAACUGUACAAAUCCAAAAGACUGGAAGUGACUUAGAGACACUAUAAAGUGAAAAACACACUUCCCAGACUGGACUACCUGUCUUGUACAUAUUAUGUAAAUUAAAACAAGGAUGUCUUUGCUCCUACAGAAACACAAUCUUGUUACCUAGAAGAGGAGCCUUAUCUUUAAUCCAGGAGGAAGCAUACAUGCAUUGGAUGCGUGUGUGUGUGUGUGUCAGUGAGAGAGAGAGAGAGAGAGAGAGAGAGAGAGUAUGUGUGUGUGUGUGUGUUAGUGUGGAUGCAUGAAAGUGCGAAUGGAAAAAGACAGAGAAGAUGGUGGUGUUAGAAUAUUGGCCUGCUGUUUGAAAAGAACUUUGGUUUCAAAAAAACUUUCCUUUGCGAUUUCACAUAAUUGCAACAUAUGUUCGAUGCAUCUGUCAGGUGGGACGGUGCAUCAAACACCUGUCCUCCAAUAAUGAUUACAGUGAUUUUCCAACCAAAUGUUUUUAUACCAGUAUUUAUGUGGGGAAAAAAAAGAUAAUAACCAGUAUAUACUUUUAUGUUUUACGUUCUCCCGACCCCUUCAAUGCAAUACUUGCGCCUGUGGAUGGGAAUGACCCGUUUCUGUUUUGAUGCCAAGAUUGUGAUGAUUAUUUUAAGCAUUUGACUGUGUUUCCCUGUAUCUUAGCAAUGAGGUCAAAAUAUUUCAUUUUGUCUAUUCAACAGUUAUAAAGCGUAAAUUUGUUUUUUUAAUAU